UAGCUAAUCGUUUUGGACCUAGAUCUAAGAAGCCCUUAAAUGAAUUGCUAAUCUCAACAACCCAGGCAACUCAAACCCAUUGAAUUGCUAAUCAAGCCCUCGGAGUUAGCUCAAGUUGUGAAGAUCGAUGCGGAAAUGGGUUAGGGUUAGACUAGGUCAAGGUUGGAUUCCUCCGUUCUAACCCGAAAAAUAAACUAUGAGCUCGACAAAAUGAUUUUUGGUUAUUAAAAAGAACUAAAUAAGUUUAAGGCUUUUUAAACCCACCCAAAUGUUAGCGCUCUUGAUAAACAUUUUGCUUUGUUAGGUGGUAGGGGUUAAUCUUUAAAGCAAAGUGAGAUUUGGGUUUUGGAAAACAGAAAGUGGCAACAUGUUUGGGACAGCGAUAAGGUGUAUUGCGAGGAAACCAAAACCGCAGAUGAAACCCAUAGAGCUCAAAACCCCACCUGAGCAGACGCAGACCAUCACUAGGGCCAUCUUCGAUAUCGUCAAGGAGCAUGGUCCUCUCACCAUUACUGAAACCUGGGAUCGCGUUAAGGAAGUUGGGUUGAGAGGAUUGACGAGCAAGAGGCACAUGAAGAUAGUGUUGAGGUGGAUGAGGGAGAGGCAGAAGCUUAGACUAAUUUGCAACCAUGUAGGGCCUCAGAAGCAGUUUCUGUACACGACUUGGUUUACAAAGCCCAACCUCAAGCAUCAGGGAAAACCAGUAAAUGGUUCUCCACAACCCAAGUCUCCUUGAAGUCUGGAUUAUUAGCUAAGAAUAUUGCUCUACCGUUAUCAAACUCUGAGUUGUUUUGCUACAUCCAUCAAUGUAAACUAGAAACUAAAGGGCUAAAGUUGUAAUGGGUCUCUCUUUCCAACUUGCCAGUGAUUCUUAUUUAGUUAAUGGUUUGGAGACUGCUGAGACUGCUCGAGCUCGAUAAGUCCCCCAUUUUCAUAGUUCAAGGUGAAUGGACGAUGCCGAAUUACAACAAAUAAAAACCUACUUUUGUUCUG